AUGAUCGAUUACCUUCCCCCGGGACAAUUAUACACGCUGGGUAAGCUUAUGUCUGUUGUUGAUUUUCGAGACCAACAAGACGUGGCACACGAUAUUACGCUGUGGGAAGACACCUCCAAAAAUGCCCAGAACAGGGAGGUUAAUGGGUUUUAUCAUCGAGAACAAUGGAUUGGUCAAGUCGCGAAAGUUCUAGUAAAUUUAGGAGGCUAA